AUGAGUGGUUCCAGAUUCAUAAAGUGUGUCACAGUAGGCGAUGGUGCCGUUGGCAAGACUUGUUUGCUUAUCUCCUAUACCAGCAACACUUUCCCCACGGAUUAUGUGCCCACUGUCUUUGACAAUUUCAGUGCAAAUGUAGUUGUGGAUGGGAGCACUAUAAAUUUGGGGUUGUGGGAUACCGCUGGCCAAGAAGAUUACAAUAGAUUAAGACCCUUAAGCUAUCGUGGAGCAGAUGUUUUCUUGCUUGCCUUUUCUCUCAUAAGUAGAGCUAGCUAUGAGAAUAUUGCCAAGAAAUGGAUUCCUGAGUUGAGGCAUUAUGCUCCUGGUGUUCCAAUUAUUCUCGUUGGAACAAAGCUUGAUCUUCGAGAUGAUAACCAGUUCUUUCAAGACCAUCCGGGUGCUGCACCAAUCACCACAGCACAGGGUGAGGAGCUCAGAAAACUUAUUGGUGCUCCAGUUUACAUAGAAUGUAGUUCCAAAACACAGAAGAAUGUGAAGGCUGUUUUCGAUGCGGCCAUAAAAGUAGUUCUACAGCCGCCAAAACAAAAGAAACCGAAAAGGAAGGGGCAUAAAGCCUGUUCUAUUUUGUGA